CUCUACGCAUAAGGGUAUUCAAGUUUAUUUAAUGUAAACUUUACGUAUAGCGAAUGCUGCGUACUUUCUACCUGUUCGAUUCAAUUGUUUUUUUAACACUAGACUUACCGACAAUUUAUUCUACCGAACAUUAUCAGUAAAUGUAGGGGACAAAAAAGAAUGAGAUUGCUGUCAGAUUCUGAAGAUGAGAGUGAAGAAAAUGAUCAGCACGUUGACAUUUCUGUUUAUGAAUUUUUGUCGAAUGCAGUAUUAGUUUAAUGUUAAUACCGCACAACGCUAUUAACUUUAAUUUUUAAAAGUUACAAUAAAUGCUUUACAACAAGUGUGCUAGAUACCGUCCGCAACAAUUAAUAAAAUCGUUAAACUGAAAGUAGAGGAAUUACGUCAAGCAAUUAUCUUUAUCAAAUUUAAUGCAUGAAAUUAAUAAGAACCAAAUAAAUGGAAGUUUUUUAAUAAUUCAGUCAAUUCAGAGCAAUAUGUAGUGUCAACAUCAUUUAAUCCUUUCGUACUUAAAUAUAAAUUUUUUCCUCGAAUCGAAGUAACAUAAAAGUCAUCUGUAAGCUCACAGCGGCUCACUAUUCAGUCGUAACACGUGCAUUGACUGCUGAUUGUCACUUUUAGCUUCACAGCGAUAACAAAAUCUCAGCGUGGUACAAUAUUCUCUUAUCCGUAACGCGUUCAUUAGUUUUCCAGUAAUUAAAAAUAUUUAUGGUAUGUGUAUAUCUAUGUGUAUCACUUGAGACAAAAGGGUGAAGGUAUUUAAAGUCCAAGUAUGACACUAGAUUAAUACCUGUUAACAUUGUUCCUCGCAACGAAUAAUUAGCUACUCGGAGAUGCGUAAUGCAUUUCUCCCGAGAAUAUCUUUCUACGCAACGCAUCUAGCGUACGUUGAAACAUGUUACAUGUUGCCGAAAGCAACGAGUUUUGCCAUUUUGUCGGCAAGGCACGAGGCGUAGCGACACGCCUCUCGUCAAUAAACUCCGGCCGAGGAAGGCGCUUCGCUCCGAUUGGUUUAUCUUCUCCCACCUCUCCGCCACCAGUUUACUGGCCACUUAAGCUUUGUGUGGUGCAUGGUUACUGAUCGAGAUCAAGUUGAAUCUUGUUAACUGAAAAAGAAUUGUUCGCCUCGAUUAGUCAAAAAGUUUUGAUAAUUGAAAUCAGGGAGCGCAAGAUUUACCAUCUGCGCUAAGCGAAAUUGAGUGAAACGAUCUGCCGAACAUCGAACAUUGAAAACACGUAAUAAUAACACCGCAUGCAACGUCGACGAUUCACGUUCACAUCGUAGAUAACUACAAGUUCGGCACAAGUUUUUGUUUCCGAUUACCACAUCCAUUACCACAUCCGCUUUUUAGCCAAUUUUUCAGAAAAAGAGAAAAAAAGUUCCAAAGAUAUCAUGAUAUCUCCAAGACAAAAAGCAAGUUUUAAUCUCGAGAUAAAUAAGUGAGAGACACGUACGAGGCUGAAUGGGUUCCGCCGCGAAUGCGGUUGCCAAACGUACCAUUGUUCGAAGAUUAGACUGGAAAUGAAAUUGCAUAGGGGGUUUCAAUCCUCAAACGCGAAAGCACGCUGCGGAUCGAUUCGCAUUUCGCAACGGCUGGAAGACCGAGCUCUAUCUUUCUUCGUUUCGCGCCCUGAUAACAUGCAGUUUGGCGGGGUUCGACGAUGGGCGUGCGCAAAAGAGCGCGAUUGCAAUGUUCCGUCGGAUUGGUCUGCUCCGCUACCGCCGACGUUCGUUCAGCGGAGCUAAUCUCGAAGACGGUGUCCGCGAGCGAACGACCACGCCCACCUCGCGGCCGACGUCGGCUCCUUUAGGCACCACCCAUCGAUGCCACCCUUUCUCGCCUGCUCGGAAACUGCGAGAUGGGAGAGCUCCGCGCCAUUGGAUAGAGGCGGGCGUUGGCAACGCGAGUGAGACGGGCUCCAAUCCGAAGUGCGGAGGAACCACCGAGCCGCGAGUAGGGGAAGUUCGCUGCGGGAGUGUGGGUAUAGAUCGGCCGCAGUAUCCACGGAGACGUGAUCGCGGGUACUCGAUGUGCCUGAGCGUGCUCGGGGGGGAUCUCGGCGGGUUCACGGUUAUCCAAGGCUCCGAUUGAGCGAGCUCGUCGUGAACAGUGUAAAAAAUCAGAUUGUGACAUUGUGAUCACGCAGCACAGGGUUCAGAGUUUCGUUCGCCUCGGUCGGUCGCGGGACCUCCGCACGGUUCGAGAUUCGAUGGAGAUCCCCGGUCGUGACCGAAAACCGCCUCUCUCGUGUUGCUGCCGAUUCGCGAUCCGGAGAAUACUGGCACGCGAAUCGCGGCGAAAAGUGUCGAGCUACGCGCACGAGAACUCAAACUGAAACAGGGUUGACACAGAGACUGCUCCUCGGAGACCUCCUUGAGACCUCGCUGCUCGUCGAUGAUGCCGCGGCCGUCGCGCGAUACCUACGGCGAUCAGAAACCACCGUAUUCCUAUAUAUCGCUGACGGCGAUGGCGAUAUGGUCGUCGAGGGACAAGAUGCUGCCGCUCGCCGAGAUUUACAAGUUCAUCGCCGACCGCUUCCCUUACUACAGAAAGGACACGCGACGAUGGCAGAACUCCUUGAGGCACAACUUGUCCUUCAACGAUUGCUUCAUCAAGGUGCCGCGCGGUCCACACCGGCCCGGCAAGGGAGCCUACUGGGCGUUGCAUCCGGCCGCAUUGUCCAUGUUCGAGAAUGGCUCGCUCCUCCGGCGGAGGAAACGUUUCAAGCUGCACAAGCCGGACAAGGAGCUGCUCAAGUCCGAGCUGCAGGCACUCGCAUCAGCAAUGCCGCCCCCGUUGCCGCCUCCACCGCCGCCACCACCGCCACCACAGCCGCAGCCGCAGUCACACUCGGAAGCGACAUCCGCAGGCGGAAUUGUCGACGCGAGCGUGACGUCGUGUUCCGCCAAUGGCCUCAGCCUGGCGAACCUCCAUCGUCUGCGGGAUGACCUUCUGCGAUGGGAGAUACAGGAGAGGCGAAUGAUGGUCGCCACCGCGUCGAGUGCCGGCGACUUCGGCACGGCUAGCUUCGGCCGGUUCGAUGCCGCAUCAGGACUGCCGGCCGGACCGGCCGCACCGGAAGCCGUCACCGCCGGCUACUACCUUCUGUCACCCGAGGUCAGGCAGAGAUUGGCAGGCGGCGCCGCCGACAGCGGUAACGAGAUUCUCAGGACGUACGAGGCCGCCGCGCUGCUGCACUCGGCCGCUUCCUGGAACUUUCCCGGGUUUCCGCCGGUCUCGCCGUCGUACGCGGUGUCGCAGCUACCGUAUCUUCAGCAGACCACCCCCGGCAGCAGGCAGACGAUCCAACCCACGCGAGACAUGCGGGACGAACGCCGCUUGUCGAGCGAGCGCGCACUCGAGAACGGACCAGUGAUUAGCGCUAUAUCCGGCAGAGAGAACGAGACGGUUUUCGCGGGUGAAAACGCUUACGAGAUCACGGGCUACAAUCGCGAUAAACUUGUUGAGGAGGAAUCGCUCUCGUCGUCCUCCUCGUCGUCCAGAAUGAAUCUCUACCGAAACGCCAUCGUGAGCACCACUUGUUCGCCGCCGACAUCGCCGACCUCGCCGAACUCGCUCGUGUCCAAGUCGUCGUCUUACCGUCAUUUGUCGCCGAUCUCGAGCCUGGUGGUAGAAGUCGAAAGAACUCAGUUGCCAUCCAACCGGGAGGAUCCAACCGCGACGGUUAUUCUGACUGCGACGAACGCGGAAAAGAGGGUGAAGAAACCAUUCACUAUCGAGAACAUUAUCGCACCCGACGAUAACAAUGAGGGUAGCGGCGACGGUGGCGGUGUCGGUGCUGGUGAUGGUAGUGGUGGUGGUAGUGGUGGUGCUGGUGGUGGUGGUGGUGCUACUAUUAACGUCGGCGACGACGAGACCUCGAGGCUGCCCGACGAGUCGAUCGUGAAAAAGUCUUCGCUCCUCGUGCCGAGACCGCUCUACGCCGGAUACUCGAUGUCGAUCGCGACUACGGGCGUCCAGAGGCCUUCCUAUGGCACCGCCACUUGAAUCUUGUCCACCGUCUCGAAGACGCUUCUCGAAGACGUGAAGACCUGAAGGUGCUUUCGAUGUCUCUCUCUUGGCGUUCCUCGGUUCGAGCAAUCUCGAAACUCUCGACUAAAGUAUAAAGUUUCCAUUGACGUUAGAAAGACGUGAGCAAGUCUGACUUGACGCAGACAAGGAGACAUCACAAGCGUUUCGUUAGUUCCUCGUAGGGAUCCUAUAAUAAGAGUCUCGCCAUAUGAUAUCCAGUUUUGAUUGAUCCUCUAGAUCUGGGCAAUUCCCGCUCAUAUUUGAAUCACACAAACCUUAUCAUUAAUAUAAACAUUAUAUUUCAGCAACACAAAUAAAAAAUAAAGCAUAUCCAUCUAUUAUCUUUUUUAAUUUUUUAUAUAUUUUGCAAUAUAUUUUGCAGCGUUGUAAAUUGGGCGUGAUAGACUGAGCAUGCGUGAGCGCAAAGAAACAAAAGAGAGAAAUGGAAAUGUAUAUCCUUCUUUCUCACAGAAUUUUGCCCAGAUCGCUUUAUGUCAAGAUUCUUAUUAUAAAGUCUCUAGUUCCUCGUUUUUCGUAAAAUCCGUCUUCUCGUCUCAGGAGGCUAUUGCUUGCUGAUAUUGGUUCUCGUCUGGUCUUCGAGUCGCUCGGUCUUGAAAACUCCUCUUAUUACGGUCAACGAGCGAUCGACUAGAGUUGCUGUUAGUCUUACGACACGUGGAAGCCGAUUAAUCGGCUGUUGUCGAUCGCGAAAUUCCGAAUCGGCGAAUGCACGCGUGCGCCUUGCGCAGAAACAUGGUAAUUAUCGUUCGAACGUUCGCCCGAGUCGUGUUUCUGCGCCUUAACUCUGCGUAAUUAACUAAUUACAACGACGUUUACAUAGAUAAGAACGCGGCGACACCGAGACCUUGCAUCGAUUACAUUAGUCUGACGUAUAACAACAAGUAUUCGUUUUGUAUGCGUGUUAUUAGACUGUCUGACUGGAAUAUUUUAUACAAGAGGAACAAAGCGCACCAGAUUUCAUUAUCGAGAUUUAUAAAUGUUCUUUCAGGGAUAUUUAUGCGUUUAUCGAGAGAAAGAGCUAUUCGCUACUUUCAUCUUUUACGAUAAUCUACGAAGCAAUCAGACAAUGGACGUACACAUUGCAUGUAUUUGUUUCUUUUUGUAAAAAUGUAGAUAUAUGUAUAUUUAUAGAUUAAUAUAAUUAAGUUAUUAACGACUAACGAUCAAGUCUUUCAAGGAGACUAUCCGUUGCUUUGAGAAGUAGAUUGACAUUCAUUCCGACAUCAUAUCAUCGAUGUGCGCGCGCGUAUUCGCUUUUCAUAAAUUCCAGACGUUUAUACUCCAAUUUCAGAAAGACACCAAGGCGCUUGUUUCCUUUUAUAUAAAACAUGUCAAUCAACAAUUAAUUAAUAAUCCCCGACUUUCGCGAAAUGCUACCAAAUGCGAUUAUUCGCGUAACGAACGAUUAAAUCUGGAAUUUGAUUGGAAGCCUUACACGCUCCUCGAAAGGAGAGGCUGCUCUCGUGCAUUAGCGCAUCCAUCUAUACUCUGUACUCGUACUCGUACUUGUACUCGUCCGAGCAAGAAUGAUUUGUAAAUGUAGAAACGAUUCGUAGCGAAAUAAAUUAUUGUAUAUACAUAGAACAAAAGAAUAUACAUACGCAAACGAGUUAUUUACCG